AUGUCCCAAAAGCAAACAGCGGUAACAGAGUAUAGGAUAAACUUUACUGGAGAGGUCGCGUCCUACUGUUCCAAAGCAACUGUGGCGCAGGCUCCCAUUCACCCAUUUAGGUACAUUAGCGCUGCAGCGAGGCGAGUGUUUACCGCGCCUGCAUUCAGCGGACAGCUGUCUACUCCCCGCUGCUUCUAUCUCUAUGUUAUUUCACCGCAGUCAUUCUAA